CACGCCCGCCGAGGCUCGGGGCUCGGGCCGGGCUCCGCGCGGAGUUGCAGCGGUGGCCGGAUGCCAAGUGUAAGUGAUUUUUUAUCAAGCAGAAAUGCAUCGAACAACGAGAAUCAAGAUCACUGAGCUAAAUCCCCACCUGAUGUGUGUGCUUUGUGGAGGGUACUUCAUUGAUGCCACAACCAUAAUAGAAUGUCUACAUUCCUUCUGUAAAACGUGUAUUGUUCGUUACCUGGAGACCAGCAAGUAUUGUCCUAUUUGUGAUGUCCAAGUUCACAAAACCAGACCACUACUGAAUAUAAGGUCAGAUAAAACUCUCCAAGAUAUUGUAUACAAAUUAGUUCCAGGGCUUUUCAAAAAUGAAAUGAAGAGAAGAAGGGAUUUUUAUGCAGCUCAUCCUUCUGCUGAUGCUGCCAAUGGCUCUAAUGAAGAUAGAGGAGAGGUUGCAGAUGAAGAUAAGAGAAUUAUAACUGAUGAUGAGAUAAUAAGCUUAUCCAUUGAAUUCUUUGACCAGAACAGAUUGGAUCGGAAAGUAAACAAAGACAAAGAGAAAUCUAAGGAGGAGGUGAAUGAUAAAAGAUACUUACGAUGCCCAGCAGCAAUGACUGUGAUGCACUUAAGAAAGUUUCUCAGAAGUAAAAUGGACAUACCUAAUACUUUCCAGAUUGAUGUCAUGUAUGAGGAGGAACCUUUAAAGGAUUAUUAUACACUAAUGGAUAUUGCCUACAUUUAUACCUGGAGAAGGAAUGGUCCACUUCCAUUGAAAUACAGAGUUCGACCUACUUGUAAAAGAAUGAAGAUCAGUCACCAGAGAGAUGGACUGACAAAUGCUGGAGAACUGGAAAGUGACUCUGGAAGUGACAAGGCCAACAGCCCAGCAGGAGGUAUUCCCUCCACCUCUUCUUGUUUGCCUAGCCCCAGUACUCCAGUGCAGUCUCCUCAUCCACAGUUUCCUCACAUUUCCAGUACUAUGAAUGGAACCAGCAACAGCCCCAGCGGUAACCACCAAUCUUCUUUUGCCAAUAGACCUCGAAAAUCAUCAGUAAAUGGGUCAUCAGCAACUUCUUCUGGUUGAUACCUGAGACUGUUAAGGAAAAAAAUUUUAAACCCCUGAUUUAUAUAGAUAUCUUCAUGCCAUUACAGCUUUAUAGAUGCUAAUACAUGUGACUAUCGUCCAAUUUGCUUUCUUUUGUAGUGACAUUAAAUUUGGCUAUAAAAGAUGGACUACAUGUGAUACUCCUAUGGACGUUAAUUGAAAAGAAAGAUUGUUGUUAUAAAGAAUUGGUUUCUUGGAAAGCAGGCAAGACUUUUUCUCUGUGUUAGGAAAGAUGGGAAAUGGUUUCUGUAACCAUUGUUUGGAUUUGGAAGUACUCUGCAGUGGACAUAAGCAUUGGGCCAUAGUUUGUUAAUCUCAACUAACGCCUACAUUACAUUCUCCUUGAUUGUUCUUGUUAUUAUGCUGUUUUGUGAACCUGUAGAAAACAAGUGCUUUUUAUCUUGAAAUUCAACCAACGGAAAGAAUAUGCAUAGAAUAAUGCAUUCUAUGUAGCCAUGUCACUGUGAAUAACGAUUUCUUGCAUAUUUAGCCAUUUUGAUUCCUGUUUGAUUUAUACUUCUCUGUUGCUACGCAAAACCGAUCAAAGAAAAGUGAACUUCAGUUUUACAAUCUGUAUGCCUAAAAGCGGGUACUACCGUUUAUUUUACUGACUUGUUUAAAUGAUUCGCUUUUGUAAGAAUCAGAUGGCAUUAUGCUUGUUGUACAAUGCCAUAUUGGUAUAUGACAUAACAGGAAACAGUAUUGUAUGAUAUAUUUAUAAAUGCUAUAAAGAAAUAUUGUGUUUCAUGCA